AUGGCACCCACUAUAGCAUCGCCGGUUGCGCGGCCUUACGCCGCAGACCUGCACACACCCAAAGGUGUUACCGGUCUGCAGGUGAACGAGCAAGGCCGAUCGACACCGCUACCUCAGUACGAGAGAACGCAGUCUGUUCCGUUCAAUUUGACACUUCAAGAAGACAAGAGGAACCCAGGGCAAUUUCAAUUGGUCGUCGAUAUCGACCCUGAAAGGCACCGCGGCCAAGCAGGCCAGACACAACCAGCUGCAUCGAAGAAGCUCUUCACAAAUCUACAGGCUUUUCCCAGUCUAGGAUACGACGUCUCUUCGUUGUAUCAAACUCAAAAAUCUAGUCCUCCGAUGAGCCCUUUGAAGGAGACACAGGAAUGGUCGGAUCUGGACGCUAUACCCCCCGAUUUUCUCAAGAAAGUCGUACCAGACUGGGAGCUUACCUUCCAGCGAAAGGACUCGACUGCUUCCACGCAGUCGCGCAGGCUGGCGGAUAUAAAAGCCCGUAUCAAAAAGAACGGAAAAGGAUUCGUUGUUCGACUUCUCAAGGGUUCAAGUUCGGAUACAAACGAGGUCGCAGAGGUCCACUUGGGCCAACCUACGCAAGAGCCUGUCGCGACGGUACACGAAUUGGAUUCAUGCCCACAAAUUGAGUUAGAUGCAACUGAGGCCGUCCGCGCAAUACCACAAGCUAUUGAGAUCGGGUCAUCGGGAGAAACAGGCCUGCAACGCCCAUCUGCACCCUUAAGCAGCAGUUCUUCCGUUCCCGAAUGGUUGCGCACUACAACUUUCGAUGUUCGACCCAGAAACUCUAUAGCGGAAGAGUCAUUCAGUGACGCAGAAACGCUUGCACAAGAGACGCAGCCGUUUGGGUCAUCGCUUGAGGAUGAUCAAACUGUUGUUGGCACAGCAUCGGACUUCCCUACCAGGACUGCUUCCAUCUCCAGUAUCGUCAAAACUCCUACCAGAGGGCUCUCUGUCGUUGGCCCAGUCAAACGAAUAGGCAGGCAUGAGCCGAAACGACUUGGAAGAAGACAACCCUCUUAUCUCUCUCGAUCAGAUGCUAAGAAGUCUUGGCGUGCUUCACCAGACAGCUCUUCUAGCCCUCUGAGUCUAACUCGCGAGAGAAUCCCGACUUCUCUUAACAGCGUGCAACAAGUCGAGGCAAUUGAAAAUCCGGACCUACUUCAUGAAGGUAGUGAAACACCAAAGCAGUCACCUCGAAACAAUUCUACAACUCGCUUGAGGGUCAGGACAGAUGUUCCUCGAGCUAAGUCCGCAAAUUCGUCGCCUGUCACCAAGCGGAAGAAAUCACCGCGGCAUCACAAGACUGCAUCUUCUUCCUCGUCGUUGGAAGUACCUGCUGCCCCAGAAGAUACGCCAUCACCAGUUUGGUCGGAAGUUUCUGGAUCAGGGGAGCUUCGAGAAGCAUUGGAGCUUGCUUUCGGCACAGUGAGCUCCGAAUUAGGCCAGCCUAUACCCGAUAAUGCGCAGUCAAGCAUUCCUAGAAUUGAGGAACCGAGUGCUGAAGACCAAGUGGGCGAGAUACCUAUCUUGCCGGGAAUCGAAAUCCGAAGCCCGCCUCCGCCUCCUGUGAGCCCAAUGUCCACGUUUUGGGGUUUAGCUGUCAGCGCAUUGUCCGACCGGUUAUUCGAAGGACUACACGCCAUGCGAUUGAGAUACGGAAGCGAACCACCGGUUCCACCCAACCAUUUGCGUACUUGUGGCGAACUACUUUAUGACGACUUUAUCGAAAGGCGACCCGGUGCCGCUCGGGCGCUGGAGUUAUAUCUCAAUCGCCCUCGUUCACACUCACCAGUGACCUCAUCUGGCAGAACAAGUACUUCAUCGACAGUUUCGUCACUCUUCAGCUCUGCAAGUCGUGCGUCGACAUUGGCAACACCGAUAUCUACUUAUGGAGGAGCUUCCUGGAGCAAGUCUGGCGACUCAUCGAGGCUCAGUCCUACUCGGCUGCGUAGCAACAACCCUUUCAGUGUCCGCAUUGGUAAUCUCGUGGACGAACAAUGGCUCCUGACUUGCGCAAACGAGGGGCGAUUUACGCCAAAGAUUGUGCAUCUCGACGUCAACCCGGUUAGAAUCCGGAGUGACAAAGAUUUGGCACUUGCACUAAGAGAACAUUACGACCAGCUCAAUCGUCGAUGGACAAAGUGGGCGCGAUUGCGCGGACUGACAACAAUCGAAUUUGUACAGUUCGAAGUCCACCGCAACAGGUUUGCUGACAUCCGCGCAUCGCCAUCCAUGCCCCCUAGGUCUUCAUCAUCGUCCCCGAAAUCCCCGUCGGAACAUCCGUACGCCUUCGAGCCUAUCGACCUCAUGCCCCCUGUAGGCUCAGCAUACCUCCUCCAUCUCUUCAAGCAUCCAAAUGACUACGACGGAGAACUCAUAACCUACCUCCGCUCGCCCAAACGACGCGAAAGACUCGAAUUCGGCAUGGGUUGGGGUAUCAAUCUCGUGGAGGGGUUCCUUGCACAGAAGGUCUGGCUUCUUCUCACUGUGGUCUUUGGGAUUGGGAGCGCCAUAUUUGCGGUUUUGUACAGUAUUGGUAGGGGGGAUGUACAGGGUGCUUUUGGGGUUGCUGGCUGGUUUGUUACCCUGGCUGGGCUGUUGAUGGGCGGGCUGCAGGCAUGGCUGGAAUAA